AUGUCCCUCUCCCCAACCCUCCUCACGACCGCCCGAUCAACCUACCGCGCCGUCCUCCGGUCCGCCCGCAUCACAUUCGCAGGUGAUCUCCCCCGGCGUGCGGCGCUCGAGAACGCCGUCAGGGCGACAUUUCGGAGUCGGACCAUGACACCUCCUACGCCUGGCCCUUCCUCAUCUUCCUCGGCACCCGCAUCGUCAUCAUCGUCCUCCUCGCCAGCAUCGCCAUCGCAUACAUCGUCGGAAGGUGGAGUUGGAGAGCAGGAGGUAGAUCCGGCGUUGAUAGCUCAGCGAUUGGCGGAGUGGGGAGAGAUUGCGAGCUUCCUAAGGAGGAACGUCGUACAGGGAACGAUGGAUGAGUCGGGGUCAUACAAACUCCGCUUGACCAAAGACACCGAGCUAAACGAUAACGAGCGUGACAAGCCCGCGGCUGUCCAGCCCCUCACUCCCUUCCCAAAUCGAGACAAGUCGGCGCCUAGACCCAAAUGCGGCGAGACGCCCCCAGAAGCACCGGCCUUCUGGUAG